CUUCCAUUUUGGAUAUGGAUCGAUUCGUAAUGAUAAUGGUUAUCUUGCUGACAUUGAUAUUCAUCCCUAUAAUCACUGCUAGUCAAAGAAGCUAAGAUAACAAGCUGUUUAUGUUAGGCAUAUUCGCAAAUUCUACCAUAUUUGAUUCCAUUAUUAUCUUUGAGCACCGUAUGAAAGAUAAUAAUAUUUCUAAGUCUAGUAGAUACAUCCUUUUUAAAUAACAGCUAUGUGCGCAGAUAGAGUGUUGACAUGAGUUCCGAACAGUUUUUGAUGGUUUGUGUUGUGGCAUUUGUGAUUUCGUAUUCAGAUCAAAAAAUAAAACUACCAUGCAGUGCAAGUUCCGAUUUGGACCCAGGCAUAUUCUGGCCUGAUAUCGACCAUGGGACUUGUAGCACAUCCAUACCGGGUUGCACUGACGAAAAAGGACAUCUUGGUAUACGUUGCUGCAAUGAUGGUAAACCUAGUGAACCUAAUUGCAAGAAAAAUGCAAGCAUUCGAGAUCCAAGAUGUUUUGGAAAUAUGAGGAGUACGAUUGUCAAUUCGAAUAUGGAUAUUUGUUAUGAAGUAGUUUACAACACGAAAUUUCAAUUCGAAUGUGUUUCUAAUACUGGGCUGAUGAUACCUCCUAAUUAUGAUAUGUACACGAAAAUAGCUGGAAAUGAAACUGGUAUAUGGCUACCUAUUGAAAAAUUUGAUUCCUACAGAUACAUCACUGUGAACAAUUCGUAUAUGGAUCCAGUAGAAUCUACAAUAUCACGAAACUAUCCAGGUGCAUGUGCUAUUCUUAUAGGCGGUUUGAUCAAAUUUGUCUCAUGCAAUGAACGUUACGUAGGAAUUUGCUUGAAUUUUCCAUUCGUCAUUUACAAAGUGCUUCCGAUGAAUGAGUUAUCGGAUGUUCUUUUAUUGAAAGAUUUUUGUACUAGUAAUUAUACGAAAAAUAGUUUCUGUUCAUAUUUUAAUCAAAGGUACCAUAUGAAUUUAGUUUAUUUUUCCAGCAGAUCUUAUGUUCAAGAACCUUACAUAAUUCUUCAAAAAAGCAAUUUGAGAUUGAUCCUCCAAAUAAGGAUGCAUGAUCCUCCAGAAGAAGACGGAACAGUUUAUCUUCAUGUAGGUUUGGCAAAGUCCGACUGGAAUAUAUUCAUAAAUAAAUCAUAUCAUAUGAGCUAUUAUGAUGCAACUGAUGAAAACCUAUAUAAGGCCCCUAAAAUAAUAUUAUCCAUCAAUGAAAAUACCAUAAGUGUUAAAAAAUACGAUGCAAAUAACAUCAAAUGGACUCAAAAAUAUGAAUUUACCCAUUACAUAUUCUGCUUCAGUUGUACUGCUCCUGAAUAUAGUAUGACGAAAUUAGAAGUCUUGGAUAGCUAUACAAUAGAUAUGAAAAGUAAAAAUGGUAGUUUUUGGUGUGAAGCUUUCGAUUAUGAUUUGAACAUUAUCAGUAGCAAUGUUAUUAGCUUCGGUAAUCAAGUAUUCUACUAUAUUUCAGAAAUGAUAAUUUCCAUCUAUCGUAUUCAAUCGUGUGACAUCCAGAAUUUACGUGAUAAAAUCAUCAGGUCCAUAAUUGUUAGUAAAGAUAUCGAAUUAUUCCAUUUUGAUAUAAAAAAUUUCAGUAUUAUUUAUUGUGAUUCAUCUAUGGCUGAAGUUGAUGUUUCAGUUUAUUGGCGCCCAGAGAGAAAAACUACUGAAGUAAAAGAAAUCGAAGAAGAACAUCAGAGAUUGAGCAAAAUCUUACAAGAAACUUCGGAAAAGAACCAUUGGAAUAUUUCAUAUAUACAAUUGCGACAUUCGGAUUAUUGCUUCAAGGAAACGAGAAAAAUUGGUGAUUUCUUGUUUUCUUGGCCCACAACUCCUUCAUUAACAUAUGCUUUGUCAUAUCCACAUUGUUACAAAUACGAUAAAGAGAUCACAAAGGUGGUUCAAAGAAAAUGUUUCAAAAGUUGUUUGGGUUGUUUUUGGUCGACGGUUAUUGAAUACUGUGAACCGAAUUCAAAUUUAACACAGCUUCUUCAAGAAAUAUAUUCAAGCGGAAAUUUUGUUAUAAAUGGUGUGCUUAAUAAUCUGAAUUUAGCAGUGCGAAAUAACCACCAGGAUUUUAUCGCCGAUGAUGUUGAUUUAUUAUCAAAAAUCAUAAAAAAUAUCAAUGAAGCGCCGUCGAAUAUUGUACUAGAUCUGAAAAAUUUAUCGCUUUUGAUAAAUAACUUACAACUAAUAAAAACGGAUGUACUGAAAAUCUCACAAGACAAAUAUCAAACCACAGAUUCUAUUACGAAUACAUCAGAUAAUAUUUAUCUAAGUACUAAGGAAAGCCCUAAUUUCAUAGAAGCGAAUCAUUGUUAUUAUACGAUAAAUUUAACAGAACACCCGAAUGCUACUGGAAUCAUUUUACGGACAUCAGGAAACACCUACAAAACAAUUAUUUUAGAAUCGGUUUUACCUAUGACAGUAUUAGAUAAAGAUGAUGACCAUGAAGCGGCCAUUUACUUCCUCGAAGAAUACCUCAAACUGUAUAAAGAAAAAAAAGAUGCUGUUCUGAAAUUAUCAAUGUUUUUCAACAAUUACCUCUUCGAUGUCGAUCAUUCUACAUUGACCACUAAGAUAAUUUUCAAAGUAUUACUUUCCGACGACAUGAAAUCAUAUCCUUUCACUUCAUUUCUAACGAUGAAAAAUGAGAAAGGCGGAAAAGUUUGUGCUUGCUGGAAAUACUCUAGUCUGGAGCACAACGAUACCGAAAGUAAAUGGCAGAAAUCUGCAAAAUUCGUAACAUAUUCUCAUUCCACUUGCAUAUACAAUUCUACUUCAUAUUGUACAAUAUUCUCUACGGAAUCGGAGCAGACCGAUGGAUAUGUUUCUGUUAUUCUAGUUCGAUAUUCAAACUCAAUAGAAGAUCGGCCAUAUUAUUUUUCAUUAAUUAUUGAAGAAAUAUACAAACUCUUCGUUCUGAUGAUACUUAAUCGUGAUGAAAUAUUAUCCUAUGAGAUUGGAUCGAUCAGAAAUAUUACACAAAGAAUUAUCGAAAUUGUUGUGAUUUGGAUACCAGAAACUCCUGCUCAUACGAUACCUAUGAUCGAGGAAGAAUAUGCUGAUUUGAAAUAUUAUGUAGGGAAGUUAUCAACCAACUACCCAAAUAAUAAGGUAAUAAAUUGGAUGGAAGUGCUAUCUUUCCGACAUAGAAAAUACUGCUUGGAAGAUACAUACCUGUACGAUGAGGACACGAAAUUUACAUUCAGGACAACGGCCCUACAUGAUGUUGCUACUUCUUCGCCGAUUUGUUAUAAUUUGGAAGGCGUUCUCCGAAGGAGAUGUAUUGGGAGUUUUGAUUCAGGGUCUCUUUGGGAAGAUUUGGAUAAUUUAUCCUUCAAGCACUGUUUUUCGUACGUGACUGAAAGCCUCAACUUUAUUCUGAAAAGUUUCAUAGAUAUGAAUGCAAAUGAAGUGUUGAAGUACUUGGAACAAAUGACAGAGAAAUCAAAAGUUGACUUCAAACCUCUCGAUGUGAAUCUGUUAUCUGAAAUAUUGUUCCUUAUAAGUUACUCCACAGAAACACAAAACCUUGAUAUAAAGAGUGUUUCUGCAUUAAUAAGCAACAUUCAGGAGAUAGAUAAAGACGUUCUAAGAAACUCUCAAUUGCAAUUCAAUGCAACUGACAAAAUUCUUGAUUCUUUAGAUGAGAUAUUGUUAAAAUCGAAUAUCACAAUCAAUAAAAACGCUCGUUUCUGUACAGUACCGUUGAAUGAUUUGCAAAGUUCUGAGGCGCUUAUUCUACAAAGUGAUGGAAACGAUUACAAAAUAUCUGUAGUGCAAGGGGCUGUAAAUAACAACUUUUUUUUGAACAACUAUGAAAAUUUCGAAGGAGCAGUUUUCUUCCAUAAUUUCUCUGGGAACUAUUCCAUAAUUGUGUCAAUAUUUUUCGGAGAUAUUCUUUUUGUUGAUUCAACUUGUGAACAUCCUGUAUCUUUAGUUUUCAGUAUUCUGAUACCAAGUCACAAUGGAACAUUCAACAGACCUUCGAAAAAUAUUGAAAUUGUUUUUAAAAACCACAACGGCAAGGACAGAGCUUGUGCUUAUUGGAAAUAUGGUAUUGACAAUGCAAUUAACAUAAGUGGAAGAUGGGAAAAUGAAAGUGAACCUCACGAUAAUGAUGGAUUUUUCACCUGCAAAUUCAAUCAUACCACACAUUUCGCAAUGCUGAUAAACGAUGAUAGUAGUGAUCCCGAAUAUCUUAUAAUAGUCACUAAUAUUGGAUGCUCCCUCUCGUUAAUAGGACUUAUUGGUAUUUUUAUCACUGGUCUACUAUUCCAGAGAUGGAGACAAAAUUCAGGCAAUAUAAUUUUGAUGAACUUUGUAAUUACAGUCGCUAUUCAAAUAUGCCUGUUUUACUUUUCUGGAGUUAUUCAUGGGGUGAUGAGUGAAAGUAAUUCUUGUAUCUUAAUCGGGGCUCUGUUACAUUAUUCAGUUAUUUCUGAGUUCUGUUGGAUGUUGAUCAUAGCUAUUCUUCAGUUCAAACGAUUUGUUCAAGUACUAACAAGACCCCCAAGUUAUAUACUUUUGAAAUCUUUCUUGGGUGGUUGGGGCUUUCCUCUCAUCCCUGUUUUGUGUGUGCUAUUGAUAGAUCCUGAAAAUUACAUGUAUUCAAUGACAGGGAUAUGUUAUCCUUCCAAGAUAGGAUUAUACUUAGCUGUUUGGCUACCAAUUAUGGUAAUAACGAUCACUAACUCCAUAAUAUUCUCUUAUAUUAUCUAUAGUGUAUGCAACAGAAGAACAGAAUGUGUUGACACAAUUAGUAACGAAAUUAUUUUUCAAUGGAGAUUGGCAAUUCUAUUGUUUUUUAUGUUAGGAUUAACUUGGAGUUUCGCUAUAUUGAGUGAAUUCAUUUUAAGAGAUUUAUUUGCUUAUCUUUUUUGUAUAACCGCUACUUUACAAGGAUUCAUAAUGUUUUUGUUCUUUAUAGUUCUCAAUGACAGAACGAGACUUUUGUAUUCGGUAUUGUUCAGAACCAUAUUGAAAUAG